AUGUCGGCUGAGCAUGGCCACACCCUGGCUGCUUCCUCUACUUCGGCCGCCGAGGCAUCACAGCAUCAGCCCAGCAUUGCCCUGCCGGCGAAACGGGGUCGUCGGAGCAACCCCAAAGUCAAGACGGGCUGCUCAAACUGCAAGCAGAGGCGAAUCAAGUGCGACGAGAAGCGCCCAGCAUGCACACAAUGUGUGAGGAGCAACAGGUCGUGUACCGGUUAUCCGCCUCCCAGCCGCAGCAGCGGCCCCGUGGUCGAGAUUCGCAUCGCCCCCAAGCCCGUCAUCGCCCUCCGGCCUCAGCCCGCACCCGAUGCCCCGGUAGCCGUCCUCCGGAAGCCGACCGUCCUGCCCCCGCGCCGCCCAUCCCUCGCCAUCUACCAGCCCUCCAACAGCCUGUCCAUGAACCAUGCCGAGGCUUUGUACUUCGAACUCUUCCGUCUUCAGACGGCAUCGGAGCCGUCGGGCUACUUCAACGGGUCCUUCUGGUGCCAACGCGUUCUGCAGGAGUGCCAUUCCGAGGUUGCCAUUCGACAUGCCAUCGUCGCCCUCGGCGCCUUGUAUAAGACGCUUGAGCAAUCCUCCCGGGUCGGUUUGCCUGCGAGCUCCGCCCCCGCGUUGACUCAAAAGGAAUCCAUCAAAUCCCACUGGCAAGUUGCCAUCAAGCAGUACUCAGAAGCUUGCAAUGCCAUGUUGCUGCUCCACGAAGAUAACUUGCACCACCACAGGACCCGCCUCAUGGCCACCAUCUUACUCGCUUACUUCGACGCCUUCAUCGGCGACCACAAACAAGCCCUGGGCCAGUUCCGGACCGGGCUCAGCCUCCUGCAACGGCUUCACGACAGUCACCCGCAUCACAGGUCUCCCAGCACGCCGGGCUACAUCGAAGAGGACCUGGUCGUCAUCUUCACUCGCUUUGCCCUCCAGUCAAAGUCUUACGCCGUGGCCUUCAACACGGCCCAGGCCAACGCCACUGAGCUUGCUCCACAGGGCCAGCGGGCAGAGGGCAUGCCGGCGUCGGAAACCAUCCCGCCCGCCUCUCUGCCACCCGAUGCCCCCCUCCCUCAUCGCUUCGGGUCCAUCAUGGAGGCUCGACAGGCGUCCGACAAGCUCUGCGAGAAAUUACUGCUCAUCAUUGAGCAAAUACUUAUCACCAAGAAUAAUCAAGGCAACAUUUUGCCUCCAUCGUGGAAACAACUCAGCUUGACUUAUAAGCAUCAAAUGGAUGCCUGGUCCGAGGCCUUUGGGCCCAUCUUCCGCUCCCGUCUGGAUCCAGGCGUCGGCCACCUGGAGAAAUUAAGCAUCUCGGCCCUCAAGUUGUUUCAAAUCAACAGGAACCUGCUGUUCCUGACGAUGUUCUGCGACACGGAGAUGGAGUUUGAUGCUUUCCUGCCCCAUUUCAAGGCCACUGUGAGCCUGGGGUGGGAGGUUGUCGCCGCCGAGGAGAGGCGCGCUGCAACACAACGCUGUCCAAACCCCAGCAUGUGCCAGCAUCACGGUUCAUUAUCCAAGAGCGCCUUCCAAGCGGGGAAAGUUCCUGCUCGUCACUUCAAGGCAAGCUUCUCAGCGGAUCUGGGCAUUGUUCCCCCGCUGUUCGUGGUGGUCACGAAAUGUCGAGAGCCCCGGACCCGUCGGCAAGCGAUUCAGCUCUUGAGGAGCGGUUCUCGACGCGAGGGCAUCUGGGACAGCGAGCUGGUGGCCAAGGUUGGCGAAUGGAUCAUGCAAUGGGAAGAGUUUAAUGAUCAAGUGCCGCCGGGCACCAUCCCAACGAGGCCAAUACCUGAAGAGAGGAGGGUCAUACUCAAGGCGGUCGAAUUUGAUUUGCGCGCCCGCUUUGCCGAUGUUCAUGUUGGAACGAGGGCGCGGCAUGACGGGAGUCCGGAUAGUCGCUCCCGGAAAACGCGCCUAACUUGGUGA